GAUUUAAAAAAAAAAAUACUUGAAAAAGAGCACCUCGCCGCCUUCGUAGCGGAACGAGACGACGAAACCCACCGAUCGAUCUGAUCGCCUGAAUCUCCCGACGCCGGCAGCGACUUCGCCGGAUUCUAUACAAGUAUUUCCUUCCUCAUUUUGUAUAGCAUCGGUGAGAUCUCCUUUCUUCACCGCUUCCAGCUGCGUCCCGAAUUCUUCUGCUCAUGUUUUCAUGGGUCGGAAUGACCUAGGGUGUGGGUACCGCGGCUCUGCCAUUUCCGGCGGUGGAGCUUCUGAUGUUCGAUUUGUUUCCCCUGUCCCUCCUUUCGCCGCUCUCGACCUUCCUUCGGUUCUGGCUCCCGGGGAGUAGUCGACGGCCGCCGGGCUCUCAAAACCCCGUCUUGCUAAUGCGAGGAAGAAGCGCGCAUCCUCCCGUGUGAGGAUGGAUGUGAUUUCGGACACUGAGGAUGAAACAGGGUUCAAUCCCUUUCGUUACGGUGCGGCAGUUGCUGCAUCGGAUGCUCCCGGGUCGAAUGAGUUUGGAGGAACGCACAGGCAUCAGGAGAAGUUCAUUGGAUGGAAGCCAUUUCAUGCCAAAGAGGAGGAUAAAGUUUCAGAGAAUUCGGAAUCAGGUGAGUUUGAGUCUUUGAAGCAUGGAGUUGAUGCUGGUGGUUUUGUCUUUUGGAAUGGCACGAAGACAAGCUCCAGGUUGGAGCAGAGCACCGAAUAUUGUGCUUCGGAGUUGGAGCAUGGUGAUUUUGAGUCUAAUCCAACAUCCAGAAAUUUAGGAGCUGAGAAUACUGCAUUUAGCCAUGACAGAAGUGGUUGUGAUUCUGCUGCUGAUAUAUUCCUGCUUGGGAGGGAAUUGAAGGAAGACACUAGUUCCAUUCAAACUAUGCCAGUGGUCGAUCCAAAUUUUGGUAAUUUUGCAUCAACUAAAUCUGAAAGUUCUGGAUUUGAUUUUGGUGCUGGAUCGUCAGCAAAUUUCAAUUGGGAUAAUACUGGGGAGCUGAGUAAGAAGGGCACUUUGGAUACGUUUUCAUUAGUUGACAGCAAGGAGAAAAGUUUGAAACCUAAUUUGACUACUGAGAGUUUUGGCAAUCUAGAUUUUGGUAGUUGUCAGUUAGGGAAGUAUAAAAGUGUUCCAUUUGCCGGAGAGGUAAUUAAUAGUUUUAAAGUGAAAGACCUAAUAAACAAUCAAGUGAAACAUCUUCCUUUGUGGAUAGAACGCCCAUGCAUUCUGAUUCAAUAGGUCUGAGCACAGGUGAGACCUUGAAUUGUGGCAAGCUACUGAAUCCUGGGGUUCCAUUUGUAAAUAGUUUUGUACCUAGAAAGCUUAAAAACACCUUUGUUUUUGGGACAAAUUCAGCAAGCAAUUCAGAUUCAAAAGAUAGUGUUGCUAAGAGCAUUAGACAACCUGUAAAAAGUGAAAUUUGUGAUGAUUUUUCUUCCAUAUUUAAUAGGAGGGUGUGGAUUUGUUCUAAUUCAGUUGAUAGUUCUUUUAAAGCUUCUGAUAGUCCUUCAUUCUCUAGUCUUCAUGAUCAAAUGGAGAAGCUGAAUUUGCAAAAUUCUGAUGAUGCUAUUCUUUUUGAAAGGAUUAACCAAGGCAAAGAGGAUACUAGAUUAAAUUCUGCUAAUUUUUUCAUGUUUGGUAAUAGUAAUUCUGCUCCGAGCAGCUUUCAUGCUGAAUUAGAGAAGCUGAAUUUGCAAACUCCUGUUGAUAAUAUUAAUACAGAAAGGGGAAACCAAGCCGUUGAGAGUGCUAAACUUAAUUCUAUUAAUCCUUUCAUGUCCCAUGAGUCUGUUCCUAGUAGCUUUCAAAAUGUAAUGGAGAAGUUGAAUUUGCAAAGUUCUGGUGAUGAUUUUGCUUCUCAAAAGAGAAACCAAGAUGAUGACAACACCAAACAUGAUCUGUUGAUGUUUUUGUGUUUGGUGAAUGUUUUCCUAGUAAUCUUCAUGAUGAAAUGGAGAAGAUGAAUUUGCAAGAUUCAGGUGAUGAUAUAUCUUCCGAAAUGAGAAACCAAGCCGAUGAGAGUACAAAACACAAGAUGGCUAGUUCUUUUGGGUUUGUUAAUGACAAGUCUUCUUAGACUUCCUCUGGCUGUAGUCCUGUAAAUCCAUCAACUGAGAAGGAUAAUAAAGUGGAGAUUCAGAGAGAGCUAGAAUCAGAUAAUGUCAGGACUGUCUUCAAUUUCACAGGUAUGCCCGAGCAAGCAGGAAUUACACACACAGAAUUUAGAAGUUCAAAAACUACAGAAGACCUAUUGAAGGAGAGUUUAUUUUCUGGACGAUGUCAAACUAUGCCAUUCAUUGGAAGGAAGGCUGAUUGUAAAGAUUUCAGAAUGAGAAAAAGAAAUAGUAAACUAAAAAAUAUCAUUCUACCACAUCAAACCUUUGCUCAAACAAUUUCCUCCAUUGAAGAAGUGUUUGAAAAUAAAUAUCCAGAUUCUGUUGAUUGCUGCUUAUCGAUGGAUUAUUCUCCUUAUCAAGAGAACUUAGUUGCUGUGUCAAGUUAAGAGAAGAUUCAGUACCAUCAGGUAAAUCCAAACAUGCUGCCUCAACCUAGGCAUCUAUCGAUACACAAAAAUCAAUCCGUUUAGAUGAAACUGAAUGCCUUAUUUCUACCACACAAAACUUGAAUAACACUGGAGAUAAUCCAACACAUGGUGAACUAAAUCAAAAUGAUUCCGUAGAUUAUUUAGACAGAGAAUUUGGUCUCAAAUAUUCAGAAAAAUUUGUUCCAAAGUCUGAAAUUGAGGAUGUUGCUUGUGGAAGUAGCAUUGCUGCAACAGAAAUUGAACCUCUAGGUGCUAGUCAGGGAGGAACAUGAUUUACUUCAAUUCUUCAGUAGAAGACUUUGAUGGUGAAAAUUUUAUGUUUGGUGCAUCAUCUUUUGAUUCAAAGUCCAUUGUCAGCAUCAAAGUAUCAACACCGAAAGAAAAACAAGAUGAAAGUUGUUCAUGAGAUUUUAAAUCCUAUUUCAAAUUUUGCUCCCAUGGAUUCAUCAAUGAAUAUUCUUCAAAUUCCCAGCAAGUCAAUGCAACCAAACCGUGCAAGAGGAAAAAAAAAUGUGAGCAAUACUGGAGAUGGCACAAAUACCAGCCUGGAGGUCAAGAAAGAGUUCAUUAUUUCUGACCCUGGAAGAGUAGCAGAACAGGAAGCUUGUGAAAAGUGGAGACUUAGGGGUAAUCAAGCUUAUGCAGAAGGACAUCUUCUUGAAGCCGAAGAGUACUAUACACGAGGGCUGAACUCUAUCUUUUAGAAAGAAAAUAAUCAAAGCUGAAAUCAAGCAUUGAUGUUGUGCUAUAGUAAUCGUUCAGCUGCACGAAUUUCCCUUGGAAGAAUGAGAGAUGCUCUUAAUGACUGUAUGCUAGCUAUUGCAAUAGAUUCCAGCUUCCUCCGGGCUCAAGUCAGGGUUGCAAGUUGCCAUCUCACACUGGGUGAAGUUGAUGAAGCAAUAAAAUUUUUUAAUGACUGCUUGCUCUCAAAACAUGAUGGGAAUCUGGAUGAAAAAAUAUUGACAGUCUUCUGAUGGACUUCAGAAAGCUCAGCAAGUGGCUGAUCGCAUGAGCCAGGUUGAGGAGCUUUUACUCAAAAGGACAUCUAAUGGACUGAUAAAGGCGUUACAACUGAUCUCUGAGUCCUUAGUAAUAAGUGCACAUUCAGAAAAAUUAAUGGCAAUGAAAGCUGAGGCUCUUAUGCUCCAAAGGUAUGAAGAAGUAAUCAACUUCAGUGAGCAGACUAUGGGACAUGCCGAAGUUAAUGCUUUAUCUUCUGGAGCCAAUUUACAGCCAAACAAAGAAGGUAACUCUGUAAAUCUCCAAAUUUUCCCCCUAUAUUGCUGGCGUUGGCUCCUGAAGGCAAGGGCUAACUUCUAUUUAGGAAAACUAGAUCAAGCAUUUGAAUUGCAGAAGAAGCUUGAAUAAGGGAAAAGUAUAGUGGACAAGUACUGUUAAAUUUCACUAUAUUUUCUCAGAAUUUAACAGGAUAAUGUUGUUUCUUCAAAUAUGUUCUUACAAAUAUUUUAUUUACCUAGGGAUAGCAGCAACUCAGACUCUUCCACAUCACUGUAUGCCUCUGUAUGUGAGCUGUUACGCCUUAAAGCUGCUGGAAAUCAAGCCUUUAAAGAGGAAAGACAUCUUGAUGCAAUAAAGCAUUACAGUGCUGUUUUAGCAUUUAAUAUUGAAUCACAUCCUUUUGCAGCAAUAUGCCUCUGUAACCAUGCUGCUGCAUAUCAAUCUGUAGGCCAAAUUACUGAUGCAAUUGCGGAUUGCAGUGUGGCCAUAGCCCUUGAUGCUACCUAUCCUAAGGCACUUUCUAGAAGGGCUUCCUUAUAUGAGAGGAUCACAGACUAUGAACAAGCAUCUAAUGAUCUGCGCAGACUUGUGUCCCUUUUGGAAAAGCAAAUUAAAGUCAAGGAUAACCAAGCUGGUACUUUGGAAAGUGCUGUCCCUAACCAAAGUGAUUUAUGUCAAGCUCGGUUGCGGCUUUCUAUUACGGAGGAAGAGGCUAGGAAAGAUAUCCCUUUGGAUAUGUACCUUAUUUUGGGAAUUGAAUCAUCAAGCUCUGUAGCAGAUAUAAAGAAGGCAUACCGAAAAGCUGCAUUGAGACAUCACCCAGAUAAGGCUGUUCAGAUCUUGGUCAGGAGCGAAAAUCUUGACAAGCUUCGGAGAGAAGUGGCUGAAGAAGUCCACAGGGAUGCUGAUAGAUUGUUCAAGAUGAUUGGAGAGGCAUAUGCUGUACUUUUAGAACCUGCAAGGAAUAAACCUACUAAACUUUAAGAGAAUUAAAGUGACACUUGCCUCCCUUCGUCAAGGUUUAUGAUAGACAACAGAAUAGAAAAGAAGCACGAAAUGAGUUGCAUCUCGUUUGUCCAUAGGAUAGAUCACAUUGGUACUUCAUAGUUUUGAAUGGUAGUUAUGAAAAGAGAAAACACACAUUGUACAUAAGGUACGUGUUUAUGAGGAAGUAUAGUGUGCUUGUGUUUGAUCUUA